GACUAUUAGUUGAUUACUUUGGAAUAACAAAUCCAACAGCAAUUUUGCCUUUUUACUUGUUAGUGAAGAUAUCCCAAUAUUAUCAUCUUUGUAAUUUUUAUUUUAGUUAUCUAAUUUGAACGUUGUUGUGAUAGCAGUUUCUUAAGUGCUGAGAUAGAAGUUUUUUUUUUAAAAUGACUGUAAACAAUACUAUUGCUCAUCAGCGCUUAAUUCUUAGUGGUGAUCGCGAAAGAUUUAAGGAAUUACUACGAAAGAGGCUAAUAGAAUGUGGUUGGAGGGACCAAGUUCGAAUGCUUUGUCGAGAUGUAGUCAAAGAAAAUGAUACAAACAACAUAACGUUUGAUGCGCUGGUUUCAAGAGUUACACCUCGGGCUAGAGCAAUUGUUCCAGACACCGUUAAAAAAGAGCUCUUACAAAAAAUCAAAACACAUUUACUUACUCAGAAAGAUCAGUGAACAACUUAAUUGUCAUCAUAACUACACCAUUUCAGCUGUAUUCACCAUAGUGCUGUUGAAAUACAUUUACAGUUUGGAUUCUGGUCUGGUUAUUCUCAGAGAAACAAGUAUUACUUAAAAAUGAUAUAAUUGAAUAAUUUCAUAAGCCAUUCACUGUAGCCUUUUAUGGACUUGUAUUUAAUUUUAAGUUUAUUUAAAUAAAAAUCACUUUCCAACCAA